CUCGAUUGUUUUAGGUCAGUCUAGUUGGUGGCAAUAAGGAAAGUUAGGUCGGCUUCAAGAGAAGCUAAUAAAUAAUAAAUAAGUGUUCAAAUUAGUUAAAUAAUAAUGAGGGAAAUCGUACACAUACAGGCAGGGCAGUGCGGAAACCAGAUUGGCGCGAAGUUCUGGGAAGUGAUAUCAGACGAGCAUGGCAUCGAUCCGACGGGCACGUACCACGGCGACUCGGACCUCCAGCUCGAGCGCAUCAAUGUGUACUACAACGAGGCCACCGGCGGCAAGUACGUGCCGCGCGCCAUCCUGGUGGACCUCGAGCCCGGCACCAUGGACUCCGUGCGCUCCGGACCCUUCGGACAGAUCUUCCGGCCGGACAACUUCGUCUUCGGACAGUCGGGCGCUGGCAACAACUGGGCGAAAGGACACUACACCGAAGGUGCCGAGCUAGUAGACUCAGUCUUAGACGUCGUCAGGAAAGAGGCCGAAGGCUGCGACUGUCUACAGGGAUUCCAAUUGACGCAUUCACUCGGCGGCGGUACCGGAGCCGGCUUAGGAACGCUUUUGAUUUCCAAGAUCAGAGAGGAGUACCCCGAUCGCAUCAUGAACACUUUCAGUGUCGUGCCCUCGCCUAAAGUAUCUGACACUGUAGUUGAACCUUACAAUGCUACCUUAUCCGUCCAUCAGCUGGUUGAAAACACUGAUGAAUCGUACUGCAUCGACAAUGAGGCUUUAUACGACAUUUGCUUCCGAACUCUGAAGCUCACCACGCCGACCUACGGAGAUCUGAACCAUCUGGUAUCUGCGACGAUGUCUGGAGUGACUACCUGCCUGAGAUUCCCUGGCCAACUGAACGCUGACUUGAGGAAAUUGGCAGUGAACAUGGUGCCGUUCCCUCGUCUGCAUUUCUUCAUUCCCGGCUUUGCGCCGUUGACAUCGAGAGGCAGUCAGCAAUACAGAGCUCUGACGGUGCCCGAGCUGACUCAGCAGAUGUUUGACGCUAAGAACAUGAUGGCGGCGUGUGAUCCUCGUCACGGGAGAUACUUGACCGUGGCGGCCGUGUUCAGAGGCCGCAUGUCGAUGAAAGAAGUGGACGAGCAGAUGAUGAAUAUUCAAAACAAGAACUCGUCCUACUUUGUGGAAUGGAUUCCGAAUAACGUGAAGACAGCCGUGUGCGACAUCCCGCCGCGUGGUCUCAAGAUGUCUGCUACUUUCAUUGGCAACUCCACGGCCAUCCAGGAGUUGUUCAAGCGUAUAUCUGAGCAGUUUACAGCUAUGUUUAGACGUAAGGCGUUCUUGCACUGGUACACUGGAGAGGGUAUGGACGAGAUGGAAUUCACCGAGGCCGAGAGCAACAUGAACGACCUGGUGUCGGAGUACCAGCAGUACCAGGACGCCACGGCCGAGGAGGAGGGAGAGUUUGACGAGGAGGAAGAGGGCGGAGACGAAGGAGACUAGGCUUUUAUAAGUUCGCAUUUGUGUUUUAUUUUACGUUUAUUUUAUGGUUUACUUCGGAUUAUAUUGUUUGAAAUA